CUAAUUGUUGUCCACAGAAAUGGUAUCCACUACUGCAAUGUGAGGUAUUGUAGAUGCCCUGGGGCAGAGGAUUCACCCAUACAGCUGAUGCACACUGGAAUGUUUCCUGCUACCACAAAGGCCCCAAGAAAUGCCUUUACCUUCCAAGUACUUGAUGACUUCAUUUGGGACAAUGUGGAAUGCAGCACUUCAGCUAUGAACUUCUACAGAAAACUGCAGUGGAUCACCUCAAAUGCCUUUCCUCAUCUGGUUCUGGUGGGUCCUGUUUGUCAAGUUGUCUUGCCUCAAAGCAAGUACAGGGAACUGCUGAGAGUUGCUAGGAUGUGGCAGCUCCUGAAACUACUGAAAUGGCAGGGAUCCCACAAGGGUGCAGAAGAUGCUGGCCCAGGAGGAUUAGUGUUAUUCUCUCUGGCAUGUCCCCAACCCAGCAUCAACAUUCCUGAAGAAGGCAUGGAUUAUUCACAGUGA